GGCCACACCCACUACCGUCCAUUACUAUACCGUUCUGACUCGCACUGUUCAUUCUAAAAUAUAUGCAUAUUUGGGCUGCAUGGGUCACUUAUUUUGGUUUUCCCUCCCUCCCAAAUAUGUAUGCGGCAACCCCUGAUAUUUUCUGAAACUACGUCGAAAGAAGCUGAAUUUGGCGUGUAUUAAGAAGCCUAUCCAAUGGAGUCUGAGAAUGGUUGUACAGAAGAACGACAAGAACCAGAACUAAAAGGCCUAGAAGAUGAAAAUGAAGAAGAAGGGGGCUGGGAAGGAGAAAUGCUGCGCACGAAAAUUUCCAACCACCCCUUGUACAGCCUGUUAGUUGAGACUCACCUCAACUGUUUGAAGGUUGGAGGUAUAGAUGCAACGGAUUUGAUCAAACAGCAGGAUAACAAGAUCAGGUGCUUCAAUCCGCUUAACCAAUCAGAGCUAGAUCGCUUCAUGGAAACCUAUUGCUUUGCAUUAAGCAAGCUGAAAGAAGCAAUGGAGGAAUCUCAGUUAAAAUCAAUGGCAUUCAUAAACAGCAUGCACUGGCAAUUAAGGGAUCUCACGGGCACUGGUGCGGCAGCGACAGCCAAGAAACCCACCACCUCAUCUUCUAAUGACACAAACUGAAGCCAAGCAAAGUAGAAUAUAUGAUGGGCGGUAUGAGAGUUGUUCUCUAACCUACUUACGGAGUACGGACCAAGGUAUCUCACACGGAUAUGUAAAAUUAUUAGCUUGUUUUUGACAUUAAGUAGGGCAACUGUGUUUGGCAAUAUAUUAAUGGUUGAGAAUAAUAUAUAUUGAAAUACGAGAGGGACUCAUCCAAAAUUAUUAAUGUCAAUC